GCUGUGGAGCAGCAUGGGAGGAGUGAGGAAGAGGAGGAGUGGAAAACCCAGGGAGGAGAGAAAAGGAGCGAAGGAAUGUCCGAGCUGAGGCAUUGUGUUCGGUUAUCGCAGCAGCAGGGAGAGGAGGGCGUGGCUCUGCUGGGAAGUGGAAACCCACCGAGGAGGAGGCGUGACUCGCUGACUUGGAGAGACUCGGAGCGGCUCGGCCAUGUGGGGAUGAGAUGCGAUAGAUUCAUCUGGAUCACAGGAGGAAGGAAAACAACGUGUAGACGUAAGCUCAUUUAAAUUCCUGGCAUUUUGGAAAACUCUUCUGCUCUGAAAUUGGAUUGCAAACUUAACAUCCUGAUGGGAGUUUGACUGACCACUUCUCCUCAAAUCGAUCUGCGUUGACUCCUCUUCAGUCCCUGAGUGCCUGGUUGACAGGUUGGAUAUUUUAAUUUGACACCUGACCCAGUUGAGGAUGAGCGGAGCAGGAGACGUGGUGUGUGAAGGCUGGCUGCGAAAAUCCCCUCCGGAGAAAAAACUGCGACGUUAUGCAUGGAAAAGGCGGUGGUUCGUCCUGCGUAGUGGUCGGCUGAGUGGAGAACCAGACGUUCUGCAGUACUACAAGAACCAGCAUUCCCGGCGGCCAAUUGGGACCAUCAACUUGAAUCUGUGUGAGCAGGUCGACGCCGGCCUCUCCUUCACUAAGAAGGAGCUGGAGAGCAGCUUUGUCUUCGACCUGAGAACCGAGGAGAGGACCUGGUACCUGGUGGCCGAGUCUGAGGAGGACAUGAACCGCUGGGUCACGUCCAUCUGCCUCCUGUGUGGCUUCAACCCUACCGAUGACGCUGCAGAAAGACAAUUAAGGUCCAACUCUGCCUCCACCUCCGUGACUGCAACCAGAGGCACGCCUACUAUCACCAUGGUAACGGGGUCCAUCCCACCCCCAUACGACCCUGUGAAUGUGCGUCAUCUGGAGCACGAUAGCAGUGCAGAGGAUGACUACCUGUGGCUAUCAAACUGCCAGAGUCACACCAGGCCUGCUUUGGGUUCAUCCACCUCUCUUGAGACGGACUACAGUGGUAACCUCGACCCUCCUCCCUUGGCCACCUACUCCUCCUCCUCUUCCUGCUCUUCCUCUUCUUCUCUUCCUCCAACCAGCCUUCCACCUCCAUCCUCGACCGGGUUCAGGUCGGCUCCUUGGACAGUGGUCGCCAUGGCGAGCCCCCUCAGCCAGUCCCUGGACGCCACCAUGACUUCCGACUUCCAGAAACGAGCCGCCCGGUCUCACGGCCACCCCUCCCCUCAUCCCAGGAAGCACUCCUUAGAUUUCCACCUGCGUCCAGCUGCCAUAACACUCAGCGAUGACAACCGCCCCAACGCUCAUCCUUCAAGCACCACGAGUGGCUACCAGGUCCCCCGUCCAGCAUCCACCCCUCAGCCGCCUCCCCCACACCGGCCCUCUUCUACGCCCAGCGUGGACUCGCUAACUCAGGCCGAGCUCCACGCCGCCAUCCCGCCUCCUCCUCCUCGGCCGCCCAAGCCCCCCACCGUCACACUGCAUGGAGAGAUCGCCGCUGUUGACACAGGGCCUGGUGCACCACCAAGAGCCAACUCUGAACCAGAGAGGAGAGACGAAGGCAUCAACAGAGGAGCGCUGACAAAAGGGAGCGAAUCUGUCUUCAUUCCUCGGCCUCAGUCUGACAGAGCCACCAUGUUUGAGUUCAGCGAGAGCUUCAACACCUACUUUUUUAAUAAAGGCAUGGUACCUCUGGGAAGCCUUUGUUCUGAAGAUGACGAUCUGGAUGAAAGUUAUGUUCCCAUGAGCGCCUCCACCAAUGAGCCACCGGUUGCACCGAGGGCUAAUCCAGGGGGUCCAUCAGACUUUACUGCUGAGCUCCAAGAUGGCAACUACGUCCCAAUGACUCCACUGACCUCCUCCCUACCUGCUUAUCCCAUUGCUGCUACAGGUGACCUGGCAUUGCUGGGGAGGCAAGUGCCUCCGCCGGCCCACAUGGGUUUUCGUAAUUCCACAAUGACUCCAGUCAUUCCCUCCACCCCGCCCCUGCGGAGGAAUACAAUGCACAACACCAGCGUAGGUGAAGCUGAAGUCGUUCCUCCUCCGAUCCACCGCAACCUGAAACCUCAGCGGAAAGGAGUUUGUGGCAGUCAGUCUGCGGAGAAGAACAGCAGCCAGAUCCCUGCAGAGGCCACACAUAAAACAAAAGUAAAACCAGCUCCUCUGGACAUAACUCCGGUGUCUCAGGACUGGCAGGAAGUCCCGCCUCCUGUUCGCUCACCUGUCACUCGGACCUUCACUCGAGGUCCGUCCAUUCGUGGGUCAUUCUGGCCGAGCUCGGCCCAAAGCUCAUCCCCAUCUUCUGAUUCUGAUGACCCUGACGACAGCUACGUAACCAUGGUGACCUCCAGCCUCAGUCAAAGUGCUGGGGAGCAGUCGCUGAGGAAGAUGCUGCACCGCGGCUCUGAGGGUGGAGUCAGCAGCCCGUUGGUACAACGAGCUGAAAAACAGGUGGAGUAUCUGGACCUGGACCUCCACACAGGACGAUCGACACCAACAAGACAGAAACGCUCCACAGCAGAAGGUGGGCCCAGCAGCAGUGAUCACGCUGCAGCAGGUGAUGAACGAGCGCGCGGCGACCGCAGGCGGGUGGACUACGUGGUGGUGGACCCCAAACGGACCAAGGCCCUGAAGAACACCCGGGAAGCGUGGCAUGAUGGGAGGAUGUCCACAGAAAAAGAGAAAAGCUAGACAUGCUGGGGCAAAAAAACUCCCAGCUGUUUGGAUCACCUUCCUCACUAUCAGACAAACAGACAUCAAUGUUUGUUUAAAGCAAUAAAUCUUGUUUUCUUUCUUCUUAAAGGGGCAGUAUCACGUAUUUUGUAUCAAGUACCUAUGUUACCUUCUGUUGUAAAAAUUCUACUUAUGUCAAGUAUGACGUAAAAAACAAAAAUUACUUUGCAAAUUUACGCUUUGAAAUUGGGCCUCUGUGUGUUUAAUAGACUCCUGCUCU